AUGAAGCUGAACACGCUCAUUCCCGCUUUGGGCCUUGCCAUGCCCACCCAGGCGCUGCUCCGAUUCGGAUGCUCCCAGCUUAGCGUGCAGAGGGUUGACCCUCUCGUCAACCCCGGCCAGGCUCCCUCGCCCCAUCUUCACCAGAUCAUCGGAGGUAACUCGUUCAACAUCUCCAUGGACGCCGAGUCCCACGAUCUUGCCGCCCUCUCCACCUGCACCACCUGCCAGUUCACCGAGGACUUGUCCAACUACUGGACCGCCGUCCUCUUCUUCCGCAGCAAGAACGGCACCUUCAAGAGGGUUCCCCAGAUUGCCCAGUCCGGCAUGGAAGGAACUCAAGGAGGCAUGGUUGUCUACUACAUGUCCGACGCGCUCUUCGACACCGCCCAGCGAACCGACGUGACCGCCUUCAAGCCCGGCUUCCGCAUGCUCCUCGGCAUCAUGGCCAACCACCGCUUCCCCACCUGCUGGGACGGCGUGAACCUCGACUCCGCCAACCACCAAGACCACGUCGCCUACCCCGAGGUCGGCACCUUCGAGUCCGGCGGCAAGUGCCCCGACACCCACCCCGUCCGCAUCCCCCAGCUCAUGCUCGAGACCGUCUGGGAGACCAGCUCCUUCAACAACCCCGCCGACUGGCCCGAGGACGGGAGCCAGCCCUUCGUCUGGUCGUCCGGCGACCCCACCGGCUACUCCAACCACGCCGAUUACAUGUUUGGCUGGAAGGACGACUCGCUCCAGCGCGCCAUGGAUGCUCACAGCUACGUCUCCGCGCCUGGCCUCAAGACCCAGAGCAUCGCCGAGCAGAACAAGUGCAAGGUUGAGAGCAUGGUGAACGAGGAUAUCGAUGGCUGGUUGACCGAGCUUCCCGGUGGCAUGCCUGUCUUGUAA